AUCAAAAGAGCGAGGUUUGAAGUUGGCCGAAUGAGCGGCCCUUCAAGUCCCGCAGUAUGUUUUUCCCGUUUUUUCUGUACUUAAUAUUACUUUUUGGAGAUAUUAAGCGAUGUUCUUCGCACUCAGUAGUUACCGUUCAGCAUGGGAUAUUUACAAAUAUCACCAUCAAUGGGUUGGUCUAUGUUGAAGUCCAAAAUAUUCCUCUUGGGAGCAGAUUUGUUGUGUAUCAGCUUCACAGCCCAUUCAACCCACUUUUAGUGUCACUGUCUCCAUCAUUCACGUAUGAUUCGUUACAGUUUUCAGCCCACAGUGGUCUAGCCGGCUUUGUGGAGAACAAAACUACUUCGACUUUCUAUGUUUAUUCUUCGUAUACUCUCCCAGUCAAAGCAUGGGUUAAAGCUGUUGCAUACGGACCAGAGUUUCCCGUACCAGGGGGUUGUGGAGGUGACACUCAGAGUGGGAUCAUAAAUACAGCUGUUACUACUGACAUAAUAACUAAAAAUAUAAAUUUUUCAGGAUUGACUUCAAAUCGUGUUGACUUACUGAGCUACUGGACAUCUUCCCUCCGAUUUUUUGCAGCUUCUGUGCCCAAAGAAUCUGGGGGUUUUGCAUGUCCUAAUCUAAACGUUUCGGAUGAACAUCCUGGCGACCUUAUUUAUCACGUAUUCAGUACACCUUUAAUAACUGCUGGAGGCGCGUAUGGGGCGUUUAUAGAUCCUAAUCCAGAUGAAGUUGCUGUGGUCAUAAAUGGAAUGACGGAUUUCGGACACACGUCAUUCGGGGGCACUUACAUACGGUCCUUCCGUCUCAGUGAGCUUCCUUUUGAUGAUCAAUUUAUGUCUAACGUGCUUGUAUCACGCCGUCCAGCUACCGCAUAUAUUGUUUCUGUUGUUGUGGAGUACUCAGUUUCUGGUGGCACCUGGAAAGUGCCCUACGUUCCCGCAGUUCUUUUUGGAUGUCGUGCUGAAACUUUGUCACGCUUUUAUCGUGUUGGAUACAACCAACCCGCUUUAAAUGCCAGUUCUCAUGUAGACUGUGGCAUUCUUCCUAAAGAUACACCAAUUAUUCUGUUCCCCAUUGCUGUUUUACUUCUUGCGAGCUUUCUGUACGCCACUUCCUGCAACAUAUGGAUAUGGCCCCGUUGUGCUGUCAGCAUGAUGAUAAUGGCUUCCGUUAUUGGAUUAAUAUUCUUCUACAGAUUCUCAGAUGAUUACAGUAACACCCGCGUUAUUUUAAUCUCAAGUGCCUUACUGCCAGCUUUGUUUGCCCUAUUCAUAUUUGUAAUACUUUGGUGGCGUUGUAUUCGUCCUACUUUGCAUUAUCGCCGUGUGUUUGGGCGUGGUCCACUAGUAAAGGUGGGAAAUACCACAUCUGCUCUUGUUAAUGAGCCUUGGAAUUCAGAUGUAUUGGAUUAUAAUCAUGCAAAUGUCAGUGGUCCAUUUGAAUGUGCAUCACAAGCUGAACAUACAUCAACGAAUACUGUUAAUGUAUUACCUCUAUUGAAUGAAGAAGAGGCUAACAUUAGUAUGUUGCGAUCAGAUAAUAAUUCAGUAUCCCAGCAUUUAGUAAACCGAUAUAACAAUUCAAGCAGUCUUAAUGAUCUUACUAGUAAUGAUGAUAUCGACAGAGAUGAAAAUUAUGUUCGGAUUUAUGGUAUUCGACUUUUUCGCAGGCCUAGAGAUUGUUUAAAAUGCCCAAACAGUUCAUCUGGCCCAUAUAAACUCUUUGACUUACGACCUCGUCGUCUUGCUCGCCUGCCGCCUAUUUUACCUGCAACAUUUAUCUUCAUCGGUUAUCUCUGUAUAUCUCUUGACCGUGCUCUCAAAUUGGACAGGUCUGCGGUUUCAUUUUUCGCCUUUUCUAUCAUAAUGUCAGCAUUGUUGAUGGGUUUGCUGAGUAUAUUUAAAAACUUUGCAUUCGGUAUUUCAACUGCCUUUGUAGGCUUCUACACAACAUUAUGUUGUGCAAGCUUCUUUCUCAUCCCGAACAGCUUAUUACCUCACAUUGUAAUCGAAUACUUCUUAAGGCUUACUUGGUUCGAUAUAAGAUUGCCUACUCUACGUAUUGAAUUCUACGGUCUGUAUGAUGUCAUUCUUCUUUUUAUCUGGUUUGUUGGAAGUAUUUUCUUUGGUUUGUUGACAUUGUGUCUAGUACGUUUGCAAGAUGCCCGUGAGUUAGCCGAAGCCCAUCAUUACAGUACAGUGAAUACAGAACUACCAUAUGCCAGUGUACAUGGUUUAAAUCGUGUAAGUGCUACUAGCGAUAGUACCUCUUUAUUGGGUGGUGUUGUUAGUGGUGGUGAUAUUAGACCAAGUUCAAGAUCUUUGCGUUAUGUACCUCGUAUAAUUCCUGUGCCGUGUUUAAGUCCAAAUUUGAAUUCCAGAAGUAAUAUGCACACUUCGCAUUCAUCUCUAAGGCUACAUGAAAAAGUAGAUGGGGAAAAUGCAAUAGAUGACACCACGACUGGUAAUUACUGUCGUCCAUCCAAUUCAUCCACACCAAAAGUUUUAACAGAAAAUCAACCAUUAUUGCAAAACCGAUUUUACAGUAAUUAUGGUGGUUUAAGAAGCAACAGUGCUGGACCUCCAGUUUUACUGCCAUUGAGUAGAGUUCAACUGGCCGCUGCUGCUGCUUCUACUGCUUCGCAUUCUAUGUCAUUCACUCCAUCAUCAACUGCACAUAAUAAUCAAACAAUAGGACCAACUCAAUCAAACACGAUAGAAGAUGAAAUAAAUCCUUUCCAUACUCCUCUAGAAUAAAAUUCACAAACUUCACAAUAUUUUAUUUAUUUUACUUAAUAUAUAUAUUUUAUACAUCAUUCUAUCCAUGUGUUUUUAAUACCUUUAUCUAUUCUAUUUAUAUAUUUAUUACCAUUUAUCAAGAUUUGUCUUUCAGUUAUAAUAUUAACCUGAGUCGGAAAUCUGCAUUCAAAAGAACCUUACAUUACUAGGAUGCGACUGAUUGCUGCAAAAUUCUGGUUGUGAGAGCAGUUACCCUAUUGAUUACUGAAAUACAGUUCUAAUAUAUUAUAAUAGAAAAUUUUUUAACGGUAGUGUAAUAGUACGACAGUGUCUGGUUGUGAAGGAAGUGUCGAGGUAGUCUGGUGUACUAAUCAAGCCACGCUACUCGAACUCACGUAGCUCACGGGGUGUUGUCAGCUGAAGUGAUGACAAUGUUCGCUAACACAUAGGAUUAGGUUGGAAAACAGUUAGGGGUUACCAAAUCAAACACCUGGAAUCAAUCUAUAAAGUUUUUGACUAUUGGUUUAAGCCAACCAUGUAGAGGGAGUUGUAUACUGCCUGAUUGGGGUCACUGCGAUUUUCGGAAUCCAUAAUAGCUGGAGACUGUUGGUGUUAUAGCUCAAAGUGUAUUCCCCCAAUCGUGCAGGUGUAUUCACUUCCUGUAAUCUCUCAUAUCCAUAAAGUCGUCAUGUGCUCUCAUGUUUUACUACUCUUUCUCCCGUACCUUUAUGGUUAUUAAAGUUCCUUUGAAUAUCUCUUUUUCUUUCUUCUCACCUUUGUGUGCUACAUGGAGUGUGACAACUUGAUGAACUAUGUUUUAUGUUAAAACUCAGUCAGUGUUUGAAUUACAUUUCUCGCUUAAGAUUUAACUUAUUUCACCAAGACUCAUCUUCACUGGCGUUGAUGUGACAACAUAUUAGCAAUUUACAGUGCAAUCAAUAACUGUCUAUUGUUUUACCUGAGAUUGAUAAGCCUUUUUGUGGAUUUAUGAUUGACUUCAUGUAAACGCGCAAGGUUUGAUUGCGAAUUUCGCUGAAUUACACCAUCAGUCACAUACAUAAUUUAUCGAAAUGCCUAUCAAGGACUGAGUAUGUUUCUUAGCCGUGUACUGUCUUCUACAUCAUAUCAG